GGCGAAGAAAAGAAGGAGUCAGUGACGUAUUUCCGCCGUCAGUGGAGUCGCCGCGGGUAAUGUCGGUGAUGUCAAAGAGAAAGAAGGAGAACUAAACUUUAACUCACGCACCCGAAGACAGACAACGCAACAGCGUGCGAAACUACCCGGGGACGCAGCACUUUGUUCGCGCAGCAGCUUAGCCAUCUAGUUUCCAGCUCCGCCAUGGCCAAGGUGCAAGUGCUAAACGUUGCUGUGCUGGACAACCCGAGCCCGUUUGGAAACCCGUUCCAGUUUGAAAUAACGUUCGAGUGCAUGGAGGAUUUGCCGGAAGACCUGGAGUGGAAAAUCAUCUAUGUUGGUUCAGCUGAGAGCGAAGAAUAUGACCAGGUCCUCGACUCUGUUCUUGUUGGCCCGGUACCGGCUGGCAGACACAUGUUUGUCUUUCAGGCUGACGCCCCCAACACAGGGCUGAUUCCAGAGAGUGACGCUGUAGGAGUGACAGUGGUCCUCAUAACCUGCACCUACCGUGGACAGGAGUUCAUUCGAAUUGGUUACUAUGUCAAUAAUGAAUACACAGACCCUGAACUACGAGAAAACCCACCCCUCAAACCAGACUAUACUCAGCUCCAGAGGAAUAUUUUAGCCUCCAAUCCUCGCGUCACCCGCUUCCAUAUCAACUGGGAGGGCUUGGCGGACAAGAUGGAGGACAGCGAGAACGUGGACCCAUCCCCCAACAUCGGUGGCAUGCUCCCUCCUUCCUGUAUAACAGGAAAGAUGCCCCCUCUUGGACUAAUGCCAGACAACUCCAUGGACUGCAUGUAAGAGUCAUCAGUUCGAUAUAAUGGACAUGAAGCUCUUAUUUUCUGUAACUCACCAACAUCGCAAACACACAUAUUUGGACAAGGAGGCCAUGGAUGUAUCUACGUGACAUGUGGACAUUAUAAGGAAGCACAGACAUGUCAGUGGGAACACUUUUUUAUAUCACUUACACAAUUGCAUCUUGGAUAUUUAGCAACAGUUUCCCUUCAUAACCAGCAAUGCCUUAUUUUUUUUUUUACCAUAUCUCUGUCUUGCAUCAUGUUAUAGCUGAGCCAGAGACAUUUUGAGUCAUCAGGGUGUGGUGAUUGUAUAACAGGAAUGUUGUGUCCUCACAGCCCCAGAGACGUGCAAGUCAUACUCCUUCACUGAUGUUGACCUGUUUGGUUCCCUUUUACCCAUGUUAUGGGCAGCGCUGUAUACUGUGUGUCAGAAUAGGUGUAGCUCUGUCUGCUUAUAGAAAAACAAUGCAUUGUUCUGUACGUUUGUGUCAUCUCAUGUAAAUCAAUAGCGUCCGGAGAAAACAAAUCUUAGUUUUAUAAUAUGGGCCAUUUUCAGGGGUGUGUUGCAAUGAGCAGCUUGACUUGCAGUUAGCCGGACAGCUGGUGCAGAGUACAACCUUUUACUUAAACCUGCUGCUUUGAACAGCAACUCUUAACAUGUUACAUAAGAUGUCUGUCUGCAGAAAACAUGGAGGUGAAGGAGAUACAGAUGCCACAUUGCAGUCAAAUUGCUUUUGAAAAUUAAGGCUCACUGUAAAUAAUGUUUACCAAGUGCUUAUUUCGUCUUCCAGAUAAGAAGACUUAUUUUCUUUUUGUACUUACUAUAUAAUCUGCCUCAGUAUUUGUUAUAACAGUGAUGGGAUUAAUAAAAAUGUGUUUUUUGUGGA